AUGUCUACACCACAACAUAUAGUUCAACUUACUCGUUUAGACGAUUUAUGUAAAGAAUGGACAACAAUCCAUAGCCAAUCAUGCAAUUUAUUCUCAUCCUUAGUUAAUAUUCUAAUUCAACGUCAAGCAACAUCAAAUAUAUUAAAUUCUACAAAUUCCACAAAACUUAAAGUUACUACGAAUACCACAAUCGUUACUUCAAACAUUUUAGAUCAAAUAUUUCAACCUCAAACUCUUACUCUUGAUAUAUCGACUUCUUUAUCUAAUCUUUAUAUAACUCGUAUUGUUGAUAUGUAUGAAAAAGAAUUAACAUAUAAAAGAAAUUUAAUUUUUGGUGGUUCUUUAAUAAUCGAUCAUUCAGAUAAUGAAAGUAAUGAAAUUAAUAAUUUCGAAAGUACUACAAUUAAAGCUGGAAUUGAUGGAGUAAAGUUGGUUGCAGAAAAAUGGGCAGCUCAACCAUAUUUGGAAUUUGAAAUUGAGGAAGAAAUAGUAGAUAGAGUAAAAAUUUGGAAAAAGGUUAAAGAGUUUGAGAAAUUAAAUAAAUAA